AUGGCGCCGCUCCUGCUGCUCCUGCUCUGGCUGCUGCCGGCCGCUGCCGCCUUUUACCUGUGCUGCGUACGACGGCACACGGGCGGUGCGGGGGCCACGCUGCAUCGCCGGGAGCCGGGCCGGGCUGAGAAGAGGGGCUACAGCCCACCCAAGGAACCCUGGGCGCCACGGCUGUGCGGCUCCGGGCUGCGGCUCUUCGUCCAUGUGGCCAACACGGCUUUUGGCCAGAUCUGCUUACUGCCAUUCUUAAUGAGGCUGAACAGCUUCUUGCUUUUGCGUUCACUUGACAUUCAUGAAGAUCCCACAUUUAUCCCAGAGGUUGCUGCAGAGGGUGGAGAAGACAAGUCUGAGGCUAAAAACACUUCAAAUGUUAUAGAGCAGCUGCUGGAUGCAAGGUCUGAUUCUACUGAAAAUGGGUUUAGCUUCAAAGGGAUCAAAGACUACUUGGACUGCUACCGGAGUGGGAAGCUGACCCCAGCUCAGGUAGCAAAGAACAUCAUUGCCACACUGGAGGACUGUGACAAAUCCACCCCCCCACUCAGAGCAAUAGUGCAAUGGGACCAGGAGCAGAUAAUGCUGAUGGCUGAGGCCUCCACUGCUCGUUACAGGAAUAAGUGUACCCUGUCUUAUCUGGAUGGUAUCCCAGUGUGUCUGAAAGAGGAGUUCAAAGUGGUACCUUACCAUCACCGUGUGGGCACAGUCUAUCUUGGGACAGAGCCUGAAACAGAAGAUGCUACUGUGGCCAAGAAGCUGAGAGAGGCAGGGGCUGUCAUUAUUGGGGUCUCAAACAUGCAUGAACUAGGGACUGGAACAACUGGAUGCAACCCUAACAGGUACCACAAGAUCCCUAGGAAUCCCUACAAGCCUAACUGCUUCACAGGUGGGAGCUCCAGUGGGUCAGCAGCAGCUGUAGCAGCAGGUCUCUGCCCGGUGGCUAUUGGCACAGAUGGAGGUGGCUCUGUGAGGAUUCCUGCUGCAUUCUGUGGUGUGGUGGGGCUGAAAGGUACCUUUGGGCGCAUCAGUGCCCACGGUUGCUUGCCGCUGUCCUACUCCACAGUCAGUGUAGGCCCUAUCUGUACUUCAGUGACUGAUGCAGCCAUUGUUUACAGCCUCCUUGCUGAGCCUGAUCCGCUCUACCCAUACGGACUGAAACAGCCCAAAGCAACCCUGUCUGAUAUGUGUGCUCCUGACCUGAAAGGCUUAAAACUGGGAGUGGACUGGACAUAUUUUAAGGCAUGUGAUGCUGAAGUUGUGUCCAUCUGUGAAAAAGCUGUGUGGCACCUGCAGAGCUUGGGAGCCUGUGUGGUUGAAGUGUCUCUUCCAGAGAUGGAGGAAGUGCGAGUAGCACAUGCAACCUGCAUUCUCAGUGAGAUGAGGGACUUCCUGCAGCCUGACUUCAACAAACACUUCCAUGAAAUGAACUUGGAGACUCGGGCGACCAUGGCCUUGGCUUCCCAGUUCACAGCUCUGGAUUACAUUAAGGCAAACCGACAGAGAACUCGGAGCAUGGCGUUUCUGCGAGAGAUCUUCGCCGCUGUGCACUGUAUCCUUACACCAGCUGUUCCUUCCACUGCCCCAAGAAUCUAUGAAUCUGACCUCGUGACUGGGAGCAGUGAUUUGUCCUUCACAGUCCGGUCCAUGAGGUUCAUGCAGCUUGGUAACUUCACUGGGAUUCCAGGCCUUGUGGUGCCCGUUGGAUAUUCUGCUGCUGGGCUCCCUAUCAACUUCCAGGUCAUGGCAAAAUGGUGGGAUGAAGCUGUUCUCCUGAGGGUUGGCCUGAAGCUAGAGCAGUUUCGUAAUCAGACCAAAAAGCCAUCCAUUUAUUAUGACAUCCUUGCAUAAGGAUGUGACCAAGAUGGGAACCAACUCUUUUCUUUUUCCCCCUCUCCCUCUUGUCCUAGUCUGACCUGACCAAGUAUUAGAGUGGCCUUUUUUCAGUGUUCAUCUGAAUAAGGCCUUAGUAGCAGGCCAUUUGAGGGAGGGGAGAAACAGUGAUCUGAGCAGGCACUGAUGCUGAGCAGACAUAAUUUUUACUCCAUUUGUUAUUUGAUGGCCCAGUUGAUACAGGGGAGGCCAACUGUGCUAGCUAAGUUCCUUGCUGUGGUGUUGCUAGCAGGGGAAGCUGCAACUAUCUUCUGCAACUUCUUUCCAUGUAGUGGUCCUAUGUAAAGAUGGAAGGCAGGUGCAUCUGCAGGACUUCAUGUGAGCAACCCAUGUAACUGGAUGGAAAGGUACAACCCCUAGGCCUCAAACCUUCUGUUCUUGAUCCAGGACAGAACAAAGGUCCUGUUUGGAGGGGGUAGAGGCAGCUUUCAUUAAUAAAUAACACCUAGCUCAUUUGGAAGGAGGAUGAUCUGAAGUUAGGUGGUGUCUGCUGUGGCCCCUUCGAUAAGCCCUCAGAGCAAACCAGAAAGCCUGUAGCUAUGGAAGUGUCACUGUGCUUCUGUGCCUCAUGCUGCAAAUGGUGUAAGGUUAGCUGGCCUGCUGCACAAAGCAUGGCUCUGCUCAUUCCAUGAACAGGCCUACCUCUGCCCUUCAGCCUGAUGUGCAGGGGGAGGAAAAAGCAGAGCAUCAACCUUCAGCAACUCUGUCACCCAAGGGCCUUGGCUCAGGAUUAUGGCUUUCAAUUG